UGAGCUCAUCCGUUGUAAACAACGCAUGCGCAGAGAAGGACAUCGGGGAGUGUUCUUAAGAGGGUCGAUGGAUUCAAGAGCAUCUUUAUGGACAAUGACCCGGCUUUAAAGACAAGAAAUGAUUCAACGAAAAGGACCUAAACUGGCCUUUUUGACGAGCGGCGGAGGAAGCGGGCUCACAAUACAGAUUUGAUUGUGAAUAGAUGGGACGUUUGCGACCUCUGACGGAACAGGGAAUUAGGAUUACUUUCCUGUUAACCUUCCUGCAGACCGUUAUAAUGGUGUACAGUGUUUGGGUUUGGUCUUAUUUUAAAUUUACUCUUUCGUGGGAAUAGAAAUAAUACUGUUUUAGUUACCUUUUUUUUGGUAACUUUACUGUCAGAUUUAUACUAAUAUCUUCCACAAAAAAACAAACAAAACAAAAAAAUCGCAGCCUGAUUACUUUUAUUUCUGGUGUCUAAUAUAUACAUUUAAAAAAAAGAACAAACAAACAACAAUUAUUUUCUUUCCAAUUUCUUCUGCUUCUAAAGUCAGUUUUGUCAAAAUUAAUUUUAAUCCACUGCACAAAUAAUUUAAUUUAAAUUAUGGCUGCCAAAAGCCCCUGGAUGUCAUGAGUUGGCCAUCUGCUGUUGGAUCUUACUUAAACCCACAGGCUUAAGCAGCAGCCGAAUCCAGGAAAUCAGAACGUUUCUUUGCCAGGACUCCACUGGCUACCUGCUGCAGGAAACAUGCUGAGGGCCACAGUGAGCUCAGCAGAGGAGAGGGAUGAGGAACAGGAGGAUGAAGGUGAAGAAGAAAUGAGAGAUGGAGGGGUGCCUUUCUAUGUGAAUAGAGGAGGUCUCCCAGUGGAUGAGGAGACCUGGGAGAGGAUGUGGCGUCAUGUGGCAAGAAUUCAUCCAAAUGGUGAAGGGCUGGCAAAGGAGAUCCGGAGUGCCGCUGACCUUCCCAAGAUUCCCAUACCAAGUGUGCCUUCAUACCAACUUACAACCACUAUCCCACAACGGCUGGAAGCCAUACAGAAGUACAUCAGGGAACUGCAGUACAAUCACACAGGGACGCAGUUUUUUGAGAUAAAGAAAAGCCGUCCUCUCACCGCGUUAAUGGACAUUGCGAAGGAGAUGACACGGGAGGCUCUGCCAAUCAAAUGUCUGGAAGCAGUUAUCCUGGGAAUUUACCUCACCAACAACAUGCCUGGUGUGGAGCGCUUUCCGCUCAGCUUUAAGUCUCAAUACUCAGGGAACCACUUCUACCAUAUUGUGCUGGGCGUUUACAGCGGGGGCCGCUUUGGGGCCCUGGGCAUGAGUCGAAGAGAGGACCUCAUGUUCAAGCCCAUGGAGUUCCGCACACUAACAGACUUAGUUCAGGAGUUUGAAGGGGCCUACAGGGGGAACUGGCACACCCUGCGCAAGGUGAAAAUCGGCCAGUACGUGUCCCACGACCCCCACAGUGUGGAGCAGAUAGAAUGGAAGCACUCAAUAAUAGACAUAGACAAGAUGAGUAAGGAGGAGCUGCGGAAGGAGCUGGAAAGGCACACCCGUGACAUGAGAUUGAAGAUAGGAAAGCAAGCGCCUCCGUCUCCAACCAAAGACAGGAGAAACAGCAUGGGCUCACCCAGCAGAGGACCAAACAGCCCCGUUCGCAGGAUCAGCCGAGUUGAGAAACGUCCCUCUGGAGAGAAGAAGGUUCUGGAACAAAAGUCAUCAACAGACAUCAACGGAUACCAGAUUCGAGUCUGAACUGUAAAUUGCUUCUCAAACUAGCCCCACACUUUGACCCGUGUGUUGGAUGGGUCACCAGCAACUUUUCUUCCUAAAACAUCUUUGUUUGUACAAGUUUUUUCAUGUAGCCUUUAAAUGUGUACAGUAACUGGUGCUGACACUGAUUUUAGUAUAGGAAAUGUACAGAAUUGUUUUUUUAUUAGUGUGGGAUAAAGCACCAUUGAGUGGAAACAUAUUCUUACACAAAUCUGUGCAUUCGGGCCUGUAUGCAGCUAGUCUGUAUUUAUGUGCCGAGUGUGCAAAACCAUAGCGUGUCGUACAAAUCCACCUCCACUUUGCUGGCGUCUACCACACAUGUAAGUACUGGUUUAUAAACCGCUGCCUGUGCCUUGUAUCAAUGUUUAAAUCAAAAAGUUCUUUAUUUUUCAGUCUUGUUGCCUAAUCAAACACAAAGCAGAGAAAUGUCUUCUUUUAAAUCCCUAUCAAAUAAACUAAAACUUGAGGCA